GAGGCAAAGGUCUCUGGUGGUGUCAGGGUGCGAGCACAGAGCAGCCUGCCUGGCAGCAUCCACGGCAACGCAGCCACAGUUUCAGGCAACACAGCCCCCUUCUUCAACAUGACCUUCGUCUACGUGCCCGAGGACCUGGAGUUGGGCCAGCUUGCUUUCCGACUGGUGGCUACUGACAUAGACGGGGACACACUCACCUACAGCAUCAGCGGGUCAGAUGCCUUCUACUUCUCUGUCAAUGCCCAGACAGGGGACGUGACACUUAGGAACUCCCUGGACCGUGAGCUCACAGCCAGGCUCACCAUCAUCGUCGGGGUGUUUGACGGGACGAACGAAGUAGUCUCCAGAAAGCUCACAAUCAUCGUGGAGGACCGUAACGACAACGCCCCAGUCUUCCAGUACCUCCCAUAUGAAACUUCCAUCCCCGAGACCCAGACGCUCAACAGCAUCAUCUACACCGUGUUUGCCAACGACAGCGACACCGGGAAUGCCUCCAAAGUCAGCUACAGCAUAGAGGAGGUGAUCCCAGACGGCACAAAUAAUCACUGGCUCUUCUACAUCCUGCCCAAUGGGAGCGUGAUCCUCAAUGGCUCACUGGACUAUAGCAGGAACACCUUCUACCAGAUCAAGAUCGUCGCCAAGGAUGGUGGGGGGUUGCUGCACAACGUGUUGACCUUCCAGCAGAGCUCAACCUACCUGUCCCUGACCAUCCGCGACCUGCCCAACCUCAACCCACGGUUCCUCAACGAGCCCUACUCUGGCUCCGUGCCCGAGAACUGCAUCCUGGGCACCACUGUGCUGACUGUCACCGCUAUAGACAGAGACACGGGGGUGAAUGACAAAAUCUUUUACAGCAUCUCCAAUGCCAGCAUCCCCUUUGCUAUCAAUGACACGAUGGGCACCAUCACUGUGAGUGGGCACCUGGACCGUGAUCAGCUGCCAAGUGAGGAGGUGCUGCUGGAAGUCACAGCACGUGAGAAGAACCUGGACAUCCACGGCGAGGUGGCCCAGGCUAGCACUCUGGUGACAGUCGUGGUGACCGAUGUCAAUGAUAACAAGCCACAGUUCUACCACUGCUCCCUCCCCAGCUGUGACUUCUCCACCAGUGCCCAGAACAACUUCAGUGGCUACAUCAUCGAGCACUCCUCCUCCAGAUUCCCCGUGUCCAACCUCAGCAUCGUCGCAUAUGACCCGGACAAGGGCAUCAACAGCAACUAUGAGCUGUACCUGCAGGGUCCAAAUGCCAGUGCCUUCACUGUCUCUCCCUCAAGGAUUGUGGGCACAGGGGAGGUCCAGCUCCUGGUGCAAGAUCCAUCCUCUGUGGACUACGAGAUCAGCCAUGUCAUGGUGGUGCAGAUCAUUGCUAAUGACACAGGGAACCCCACAGACUGCUGCUCCACAGCCACUGUAACCAUCGACCUCAUUGACACCAACGACCACACCCCUGAGUUCCCCCAGAGCACCUACAACCUAAGUGUGAAGGAGCACAGCCCUGCGGGCACCGUCAUCUCCUCCAACAUCACGGCCUACGAUCCAGACAGCGGUGUUUUCGGCCAGAUCACCUACCAGCUGCUCCUGGAGAGCAUUCGUCAAAUCUUCAUGGUGAAUGCCACGACCGGGGCGGUGCUGGUGCAGAAUGGGAACCUGCUGGACUGGGAGACUCGCUCCAUCUAUUACGCCAACCUCCAGGCCAAGGAUGGAGGCAACCUGGUGGGCACCACCGUGCUGGAGAUCACUGUGCUGGACAUCAACGACAUGGCACCCAUCAUCACCGGCUCCUACUUCAUCUCGGUGCAAGAGGGGCAGAAUGUCCGAACGCAGAUCAAGGCCACCGACAACGAUGAGCCUGGCAGUCCAAACAGCAAAUUGGGCUUCAAGAUCUUGCCAGGACCGUUCAGUGAAAACUUCACCAUCGAUGCGGCCAUGGGUGAGAUGCACAGCAAGGAGCCACUAGACCGCGAGGCCUUGGAAGAUGAGCAGGGGCAGAUGGUGGUGACGGUGGAGGUGUAUGACCACGGUGUGCCCCCGCUCAGCAACCCGGUGAACGUCACCAUCACUGUGGGGGACUUGAAUGACAACGCCCCCAUGUUCCUCAACCAGUCCUAUGAGUUCUCAGUCUUUGAAGGCUCUCCAGCUUCCUUCGUGGGUGAGGUGCAGGCCACAGAUGCUGACCGAACGGAGAUCAAUUCGCGGAUUUCCUUCUCACUUCAGAGGGGCAGCGGCUCCAGCAACUUCUUGAUCCGCUCGUCCCAGCUGGGGCCAGGGCACUAUGGUGGGCAGCUGUCCGUGGACCCUGACAUGUCCCUGGACUAUGACACCUUGCAGCAGAAAUUCUUCUCCUUGGUGGUGCUGGCGGAGAACACAGCUGCAGACAACGUAGGGGACACUGCCAACGUCUCGGUGGUGGUCCACAUCCUGGACGUCAAUGAUGAGCCCCCCUCCAUCCUGCCCGACUCGCUGCAGGAUGUGCGCGUGAGUGAGAACAACACGCAACAGGGGCUGGUCCGCACGGUGAACGCCUCCGACCCGGACACCAACCACUCACUGGUCUUCGAGGAGCUGGGGGUUGCCUGCUUCAAGGGGGCGAGCAGUGCUGGGGAGGUGUGCUGGGACUGGUUUGUACUGGAACCCAGCGGCUCGGUGCUGGUGAACAGCUCGGACAUCGACUACGAGCUGUGUGAUGUGGUGGUGCUCAUGCUGCGGGCUGAAGACCUGUACACUGAGAAGGGCAACCGCUACAGCCAGAAUGAAACCCUGAGGAUCAUCAUCACUGAUGUGAACGACAACACACCAGUCUUCCUGCCCAUCCUGGAGACCUUUGUGGUUGUCCCCGAAAUCUCUCCUGUGGACCUGCAAGUGGCUACUGUGAAGGCCAAGGACACUGACUCAGGGCUGAAGGGAACCAUCACCUUCUCCAUUGUCAGUGUGGUGCUCGUGGAGGACGACGGGGUCAGCCGGCCCUUCGAGAACCUCUUCAAGGUGGUGACAACGUCCGAGCAGGACAUCUACAUCGGGAGCAUCCAGGUGGCCAGCAACCUUGAUGGCUCACUGAAAGGGCAGUACCAGGUGACGGUGAAGGCUCAGGACGGCGAGGCACCAGUGCACGCAGCACAGACCGUGCUGAAUAUCUUCGCAGUGGAUCAGAGCUACCGUGUCCGCCUCCAGUUUGUGACAACGGUGGAUGAGGUCCAGAGUAACUCCGAAAAUAUCAAAGUGGCCCUGACCACUGCAACCAAGGCAGGCGUCUACGUGGUGGCCAUCCGGAGCAUGGAGGACACUCGUGCCUCCCACUACAAGAGGAAGCUGAGCGCUAUGAAGGCUCUGAAGGUGGCCACAACGUUCAGCCCUGCCAUGGCCCAGCAGGGAGCCGGCAUCCCUGGGACCAACCAGUACAACGCAGAGGGGGCCAACCCCAUCCUGAACCUCUCGCUUGAUCCCUCCAAAGACCUGGGCUUCCACGAGGACUCUGUCUCUGUGGCCAGCACGAAUUCCCUGGAUGAAAACACAGUAAAUGCACCAAGUGAUGACAACUACAGGGCCAAGCAGGACACAGCGCAGUUGACAGACCCCACAGAUGAGGAGGUGCUGGUGGCUGCCCUGAAUCUGAAGGAGCCCACCAAAACAGCAUACAUCAACACUGUCUUCACCACCACCGACUUGUGA